AUGGCUUUUAGCUCGCUGAUCCAAGCAAGCAGCAGCAGCUAUCGCCGAAAGGGGAUGCGACCGACGCGACCGAGGCAACGGAGCCGCCUGCCCGGUGGGAGCCGGAAAGCCGGACGUGGGGGUUUUAGAGCCUAUAGUAUUUUAACCUUUGGACGACCCUCGCUCACAUUAGCUGCAUACGCCAAAACAACCUUCGAGCGCCGCCGACAAGUGCAUAAGUGCCGUGAGGGACGUGGGAGGGCCAAACAGGACAUGCCGCUUGGAUACGUACAUAAAAAAGGCCAUGUAGGACAUCCUUCCACGUGGCUUCCUUUAUGCCAAGUUCAGAUGCGGAUGCGUACCUAG